AUGUUCAUCUCCAUCUUCUUCCUCCUAUCACUUCUGCUUGUCAAUCCAUUCCAUGGACAUCUGACUUCAGCCUUCCCUUUGACAUCUUCGGGUGAAGUUAGUAUUGCCUCAUCUAACAAUGUCACGUACAACAUCUCAGAUGUGGGCAAAGCUCAAGACAAGCCUAAGAGGGUAGCCAUCAUUGGUGCUGGAGCAAGUGGAACUGCAGCUGCCUUUUUCUUGAAAAGAGCUGCUAGAGUAGUUGAAAAGAGAUUGGGAUUGAAUGAAGGUAGUAGAUUAGGAGAGAUAGUAGUGUAUGAUAAAGAGGGAUAUGUAGGUGGAAGAAGUACCACAGUUUACCCUCAUAGUGAUCCAAGGUAUCGGCCUCAAGAGCUAGGUGCAAGUAUCUUCGUUGGAGCCAAUCUCAAUAUGCUGAAAUCUGCUUCAUACUUCAAUUUGACUCUUAUCAACCCUGAUAGUGGGGAGGCAGGUAUUGGUAUCUGGGAUGGAUCUCAAUUCCUAUUUACAUCUGAUUCUUCUUCAUGGGUAACAUCGGCAAAAGCCUUAUGGCGAUAUGGCGCUUUAUCACCCACUCGGACUCAAACUGCUAUCACCGAGCUAGUUAAUCGAUUUUUGAAAUUAUAUGAUCCCGUCUUCUUGUCUCAGAGAGGAUCAGUAGAUAGCGUCGAAUCUUUUGCUGAAAGUGUAGGAUUGGGUAAUGAGUAUACAACCAUAACAGGAGAAAAUUGGGCUAAGAACGUAGUCAAAGUUGGAACUAAAUGGUUAGGUGAAGUUUGGGAAGGCUCAACAAGAGUAAACUACGCAACAGAUAUGCAUGACAUACACGCUCUGGGAGCGGGAGUGUCAAUGGCUACCGGAGGUGCUUCAGCAAUCGAUGGCGGAAACUGGAGAAUCUUUGAAGCGAUGUUGGAUGAUAGUAAAGCUACUGUUCGUCUUGGAACAGAGGUGUCUGACAUUGUUCCAACCAAAUCCAAUGGUGUUCAACAAUUUGUCGUAAAAUCUAAUAAGACUGAAUUCAAUCAUGACGAGCCUUUCGACGCUGUGUUCUUCGCUGCUCCUUGGCACUCAUCUCCUAUCUCCAAAGAUAUCCAAAAACAGUUCAGGAAAUCUAUUCCCAAACAAGAAUAUGUCAGACUUCACGUGACUUACUUCACAACCACUCGAACUCAUCCAGUUCCAUCCUUUUUUGGAUUGAAAGAGAACGCUUAUAUUCCUAAUACCAUCAUCACAUCUUCCAUCACUUCUCGUCAAGGAUCCACCCCACCACCUAAAUUCCAAUCUAUCACUUGGCAUGGUGAAGUUUUACCUGGAUCAGGUGAAUAUGCAGUAAAGAUCUUCUCUUUAACUAGAUUGAGUGAUCGGUUCGUGAAAUCUGUUAUUGGUGAAGAUCCUUCAUGGCUAUUAAGGAAAGAAUGGGAUUCAUAUCCUAAAUUAACACCUAUAUCAUCGUACGCUCCUGUCGAACCUAUAAAAGGAUUACAUUAUUUAGCAAGUCAAGAAGCUUGGGUAUCAACAAUGGAAACUCAGACUGUAUCAGGAAGAGAAGCAGUAGCUAGGGCAGUUAAUGAUUGGUGGGGAUUGGGUUUAGGUGAAUGUGAAGAUGGUGAUAGUUGGGAUUGGACUUGUCCAUCCUAA